AGUUUCACAUCGUCUUUCAUUUGUUUUUUUUUUUAUUUCCUUCUAACAUCGACACUUUUUCUAAGCCGCAGCACCGCCACAUUAUCAUUCUUUCUUUCAUCCCCACCCAACUCCCUCACCCUCCAACCAUGAGCGUCAUCAUCACGAAGCAGCGGUACAACUGGAUGGGGUACAACGGCACCGAGACGGAGGAGGUCGACACCGCCUUGCUGCGCGGCGACAAAUCCACGGUGGACAACUACAACUACGACCACCGCCAGCAGGUGAUCGCCGAGCUGAAGGAGCGCCUGUACCAGAUCAAGCGGGACUUGGACCUCCUGCCGGAGGAGGAGCUGCGCGCCGAGGAAGAGGCCCGCCAGCGCCGCCGGGAUGAGCGGAAGCGCCGCGAGGAGGAGGGCCGUCGCCAGCGCGCCGAAGAGGAGGCGACCCGCGCGGAGGAAGAGGAGCGGCAGCGCAUCGAGCAGGAGGAGCGCGCCGAGGAGCAGCGCCGGCAGCAGGAGGCGGACGAGGUGCGCCGCCGCGAGCAGGAGGCCGAGGCGCAGCGCAACGCCGACCGCUGGCGCCAACUGCACGGCGACAGCGAUGCCGACAGCGACGUCGAAGAGGAGCAAAACGAGGCCCUCUCGGCGAUGCCGCGGACACAGGAGGAAAUCAACAGCGCUGUGGCGGGCUUCUCGAAGGGCACCCGCAUGCUGCUCGCCGCUAACGGACAGGGCUACGUGAGCUAUAUCGACGGCAGCGUGCACUCCUCCAUCGAGAAGCUGGAGGCGCACAACGAGAAGGCCCGCGGACCGGCGGAGACGGCCACGGCCGGCAGCAGUGUCAGCAUCCCGCCGGCGGCGGAGUACUCGCUGGACGACGUGCGUGCCGCCGCCGCGCACCGCCAACUGCUGCGCAAGAAACUGGACGCUUAUCGCGUGCUGCAGGACCCGACCUACGCCGCCCGCAUCCGCUCGAGCGAGAAGGACGCGAGGGGACAUCCCACCACCGCCAUCACGCCCGAGGACGGUGACGAGGCGACCAUUGCGGCGAAGCUGCAGGAGGCGAAGCAACACUCGGAGGAGGUGCGCAAGGCCUACAACGACAGGGCUACUGCGAGCGCAAACGCGAUUGCGACCGCCACGUGCCCGCGCGCCGGUGGUGCGGCGGCGGCGGCUCCUGAGGCCCCGAAGGCGGAGGAGACCGCACCGGCUGCAGAGGCUGAGCAGCAGGCAGAGGAUAAAGCUGCAGCUCCACCUGCGGCCGCGGAAGACCUGAUGAAGGCCGAGGAGCUGUCCACUCCUGCGGCGGCAGCGUCGCGGCACAGCUCCAAGAAGGCGACACCCAAGGACGAGGGUGAUGAGUUGUAA